AUGUCUCACACCGUUAACGUCGGACCGACAACUGGCAUUCCGGGGUAUCAGAAGCUAUCCGACUUAAAACAAAAGACGACACACAAAAAGUGCAAACAGAACAGCGCAAUUAUCGCAAUCGCAAAGUCGCAGCUCCGAAUAGCCGACUUGAUAGUCAGUGAUUCUCAAAGCUUACUACCGUUCAAAACGACGCUGGAACAAGCGGCUGUGUUCAAUGAUACCCUGGAGCCCAUAGCAUCGGGGGCCAAGAUUUCGGCCCCUCCGAGGCUGUGCGGCGGCUGGGAGCAGGCUGGCUACGCGCUCGAUGGUUGCGUGGACACGGCCCUGCUCCGGCCGCCGCAGCCGCAUUCCAGUCAGCUUGGUACUGUCUACGCUACGAAAAGGAGACGACGAAAUGGAAAAAGGUAGGUAAAUUAUCGCCUAUUUUUUUGGUUUAGAAAACUCGCUAGUAUAAUAACGACACUUAGCGAGUGAUAAAAUUAUAUGGGACUCUUCUCCGAUGAGCCCCCGGAAGCUUACUCAACAAAACUCCUACAUACACGUGAAUAACAACUUAAAAUACAUAUAUAGAUGUUUGAAAGGAUAAAUUAGAGAAAAAAGAUAAUCUACCUUAAACAUGUCAAGGCAAGGAUUGAAAAUAUUCCAUACCGAUAUUGAGUUAUGGGUACACAUAGAGUCAACGUAAUUUGCUGAUACCAAAUACAUAUGUAUG